AGGCUCUUUAACUAUUGUUGUAGCUCACCAUAUGUAUUUCAUGCCCCUUUAUCCAUAUCUAGCUAUUGACUAUGCUACACAACUAUCAUUGUUCAGACAUCACAUGUGGAUUGGUGGAUUUCUCAUAGUUGGUGCUGCUGCGCAUGCAGCCAUUUUUAUGGUAAGAGACUAUGAUCCAACUAAUCGAUACAACGAUUAUUAGAUCGUGUCCUGAGGCAUCGCGAUGCAAUCAUAUCACACCUCAACUGGGUAUGUAUAUUUCUAGGCUUCCACAGUUUUGGUUUGUAUAUUCAUAAUGAUACCAUGAGUGCUUUAGGGCGUCCACAAGAUAUGUUUUCAGAUACUGCUAUACAAUUACAACCAGUCCUUGCUCAAUGGAAACAAAAUACCCAUGCUUUAGCACCUGGUGUAACAGCCCCUGGUGAAACAGCGAGCACCAGUUUGACUUGGGGGGGCGGUGAGUUAGUAGCAGUGGGUGGCAAAGUAGCUUUGCUACCUAUUCCAUUAGGAACGGCCGACUUUUUGGUACAUCAUAUUCAUGCAUUUACAAUUCAUGUGACGGUAUUGAUACUGUUGAAAGGUGUUUUAUUUGCUCGUAGCUCGCGGUUAAUACCAGAUAAAGCAAAUCUUGGUUUUCGUUUCCCUUGUGAUGGGCCUGGAAGAGGAGGAACGUGUCAAGUAUCUGCUUGGGAUCAUGUCUUCUUAGGACUAUUCUGGAUGUACAAUUUUAUUUCGGUAGUAAUAUUCCAUUUCAGUUGGAAAAUGCAGUCAUAUGUUUGGGGUAGUAUAAGCGAUCAAGGGGUGGUAACUCAUAUUACCGGAGGAAACUUUGCACAGAGUUCCAUUACUAUUAAUGGGUGGCUCCGCGAUUUCUUAUGGGCACAAGCAUCUCAGGUAAUUCAAUCUUAUGGUUCUUCGUUAUCUGCAUAUGGUCUUUUUUCCUAGGUGCUCAUUUUUUAUGGGCUUUCAGUUUAAUGUUUCUAUUCAGCGGGCGUGGUUAUUGGCAAGAACUUAUUGAAUCCAUUGUUUGGGCUCAUAAUAAAUUAAAAGUUGCUCCUGCUACUCAGCCUAGAGCCUUGAGCAUUGUACAAGGACGUGCUGUAGGAGUAACCCAUUACCUUCUGGGUGGAAUUGCCACAACAUGGGCGUUCUUCUUUAGCAAGAAUUAUUGCAGUAGGAUAAUGGCUAGGAGGAUUUGAAAGUCAUUAUGGCAUUAAGAUUUCCAAGGUUUAGCCAAGGCUUAGCUCAGGACCCCACUACUCGUCGCAUUUGGUUUGGUAUUGCUACCGCACAUGACUUCGAGAGUCAUGAUGAUAUUACUGAAGAACGUCUUUAUCAGAAUAUUUUUGCUUCUCAUUUCGGGCAAUUAGCAAUAAUUUUUCUGAGGACUUCCGGAAAUUUGUUUCAUGUAGCUUGGCAAGGAAAUUUUGAGACAUGGAUACAAGACCCUUUACAUGUAAGACCGAUUGCUCAUGCUAUUUGGGAUCCUCAUUUUGGUCAACCGGCUGUGGAAGCAUUUACUCGAGGAGGUGCUCUUGGCACGGUGAAUAUAGCUUAUUCUGGUGUUUAUCAGUGGUGGUAUACAAUCGGUUUACGUACUAAUGAAGAUCUUUAUACUGGAGCUCUUUUUCUAUUAUUUCUUUCUGCCCUAUCCUUAAUAGGGGGUUGGUUACACCUACAACCAAAAUGGAAACCAAGAGUUUCAUGGUUCAAAAAUGCUGAAUCUCGUCUGAAUCAUCAUUUGCCAGGACUAUUCGAGGUAAGCUCCUUGGCUUGGACAGGUCAUUUAGUACAUGUCGCUAUUCCUGCAUCCAAGGGGGAAUAUGUUCGAUGGAAUAAUAUCUUAAGUGUAUUACCGCAUCCCCAAGGGUUAGGCCCACUUUUUACGGGUCAGUGGAAUCUGUAUGCUCAAAACCCCGAUUCAAGUAGUCAUUUAUUUGGUACCUCCCAAGGAUCAGGAACUGCCAUUCUAACCCUUCUUGGGGGAUUCCAUCCACAAUCGCAAAGUUUAUGGCUAACUGAUAUGGCACAUCAUCAUCAAGCUAUCGCAAUUCUUUUCCUCAUUGCGGGUCAUAUGUAUAGAACUAACUUUGGAAUCGGACACAGUAUAAAAGAUCUUUUAGAAGCACAUAUUCCUCCGGGAGGACGGUUGGGGCGGGGGCAUAAGGGUCUUUAUGACACAAUCAAUAAUUCGAUUCAUUUUCAAUUAGGCCUUCCUCUAGCCUCCGUGGGAGUUAUUACUUCCUUGGUAGCUCAACACAUGUACUCUUUACCUGCUUAUGCGUUCAUAGCGCAAGAUUUUACGACUCAAGCUGCGUUAUAUACCCAUCAAUAAUACAUUGCAGGAUUCAUCAUGACAGGAGUUUUUGCUCAUGGAGCUAUAUUUUUUAUUAGAGAUUACAAUCCAGAACAGAAUGAGGAUAACGUAUUGGCAAGAAUGUUAGACCAUAAAGAAGCUAUCAUAUCCCAUUUAAGUUGGGCCAGCCUCUUUCUAGGGUUCCAUACUUUGGGACUUUAUGUUCAUAAUGACGUCAUGCUUGCUUUUGGUACUCCCGAAAAACAAAUCUUGAUCGAACCCAUAUUUUCCCAAUGGAUACAAUCCGCUCAUGGGAAAACUUCAUAUGGAUUUGAUGUACUUUUAUCUUCCGACAAAUGGCCCAGCAUUUAAUGCGGGUCGAAGCAUAUGGUUGCCCGGCUGGUUAAAUGCUAUUAAUGAGAAUAGUAAUUCAUUAUUCUUAACAAUAGGUCCUGGAGAUUUCUUGGUUCAUCAUGCUAUUGCUUUAGGUUUACAUACAACUACAUUGAUCUUAGUAAAAGGUGCUUUAGAUGCACGUGGUUCCAAGUUAAUGCUAGAUAAAAAGGAUUUCGGGUAUAGUUUUCCUUGCGAUGGUCCGGGACGAGGUGGUACUUGUGAUAUUUCGGCUUGGAACACAUUUUAUUUGGCUGUUUUUUGGAUGUUAAAUACUAUUGGAUGGGUUACUUUUAUUGGCAUUGGAAACACAUCACAUUAUGGCAAGGUAACGUUUCACAUUUUAAUGAAUCUCCACUUAUUUGAGGGGAUGGUUAAGAGAUUAUCUAUAGUUAAACUCUUCAGAACUUAUUAAUGGAUAUAACCCGUUUGGUAUGAAUAGUUUAUCAGUCUGGGCAUGGAUGUUCUUAUUUGGGCAUCUUGUUUGGGCUACUGGAUUUAUGUUCUUAAUUUCCUGGCGUGGUUAUUGGCAGGAAUUGAUUGAUACUUUAGCAUGGGCUCAUGAACGUACACCUUUGGCAAAUUUGAUUCGAUGGAAAGAUAAACCAGUAGCUCUUUCAAUUGUGCAAGCAAGAUUGGUUGGAUUAGCUCACUUUUCUGUAGGUUAUAUAUUCACUAUGCGGCUUUCUUGAUUGCCUCCACGUCGGGCAAAUUUGGUUAAUUAUUUAAUUAUUCUAUCCGCAAUAAUAUUUUUUCUUAUUAAUUUUAUUAAAAUAAUAAAAAUAUAGGUAUGCACUCUUAUAUUUAUUUCUACAUCUAGGAUCCGAUUUGUAUCAUUAUCAUUGAUAAUAAGAGGAACUUAAGCAUUAUGGCAAAGAAAAGUUUGAUUUAUAGGGAGAAGAAGAGGCAAAAAUUAGAACAAAAAUAUCAUUUGAUUCGUCGAUCCUUAAAAAAGGAAAUAAGUGAGAUUCCGUCGCUAAGUGAGAAGUGGAAAAUUAAUGGAAAAUUACAAUCCCCACCGCGUAAUAGUGCACCUACACGUCUUCACCGACGUUGCUUCUCGACCGGAAGACCGAGAGCUAACUAUUGAGACUUUGGACUAUCUGGACACAUCCUUCGGGAAAUGGUUCAGGCAUGUUUAUUGCCAGGGGCAACAAGAUCAAGCUGGUAAAGAUUUAAGUAUCCUUUAAUUUUUCUAUUUUUUCUAUGCUCGAUGAGGCCCCUUUACCAUUCUGUCUAAAUAGGCUAUUCUAUUUGUACAGAUAUGGAAUAGGGGCGCAUUCAAUUCGUCUUUGUUUAUUAGAGUUUAGUCCAAGUUUUUUUGUUUCAUCGCGGGGUAGAGAGUUUGGUAGCUCGCAAGGCUCAUAACCUUGAGGUCACGGGUUCAAAUCCUGUCUCCGCAACAUUUUUUUUUCAACAAAUGUAAGUUUGAUUCUAUUAACUAUAAUUAAUACUUAUCUUUUGGGACGCGAGGCAAAAAUUACUAUAUUUCCCGGUCAACUAUACCGAAUCUUUGAUCUUUUUGAAUCCAUUUCUAUUUGGGCAGAUAGCGGGAAUCGAACCCGCGUCUUCUCCUUGGCAAAGAGAAAUUUUACCAUUCGACUAUAUCCGCAUUUUUUUGCCUUCUUGAUAAGAAAUUUAUGGAUAAUAUUUGUUCAAAGCUAUACGAGAUACACUCUUUGGUUUGGGGUCAUUUGAUAAAACUCUACUACCAAAAAAGUUCAAUUAACAAUUCUAUUAAUAUAUAUAAAUAUAUAUAUUUAUUAUAUAUUAAUAAUAUAUUUAUUCUCUAUCUAUAUAUAGAAUUCUAUAUUCAAUAAUAUAUUAUUCUCUAUUUCCAUAAAAUAUUAUAUUCUAUAUUGAUAUCAGAUAUCAAUUUUUGAUUCGUUUUUUUAUUUAAUUAGUUAUUACUAUUUCAUAGUUAUAUUUAGUAAAUUGCUAUUUAUUAAUAUUUGAUUCAUAUUUCACUCAAGUUACAGAAGUUCGACCCCCCCUCUAAUUUUUUUGUUUUCUUUAUUUGCAUUUUAUGGACUUAUAUUGAAUUUGAAUGUGUAAUUCGUGGAAUAGGAGGGGUCAUCUCAUUUUUUGAUCUGCAACGAAUGAAUUCAAGAGAUAAGAGAGUUAAGGAUACCCACCAAGAAGACUAAUCCAAUCCAUAAAGAUGUACCAGAAAAUACAACAUUUUUGUUACUCGACCACCCAUCAAGAGACGCAAAUACAAUGGGUACACUAAUCAAUAAGAUUGAUGAAGUAAUAAUUAAUGCAAAAACAGCCAAUUGAAAAGCAAUAGUCAUGUUUUUAAUCCUCCAAGCUAAUAACAAUAUACACCAUUUAAUCCUCUUACCCACUAAAAAUUUUUAAUAAAUAAAGGGAUUUUAUCAUGAAUCCGUUUAUUCGAAAUGCCUUACUUCCAACUUCUUUUUACCACUUUUAUUCUAUUCAGACAUGAAGUUAAAGGUUCUUUUUUACUUCACAAAUGGGUAGACUGGAUCAUGUAUCUCAUUUAUAUAGACCAAUUGAUAGACUUAUAAAGAAAGUCACACUCUAUAUCUUUUUCUACAUAGUGAUCGUAUUAACUCAUCGAGCUAUGUUAUAUUUGGCGAAAAAAGAUAAAAUAGAAAUUAUCUUUUGGAGAGAUGGCCGAGUGGUUGAUGGUUCCGGUCUUGAAAACCGGUAUAGUUCAUAAAAAAUAACUAUCGAGGGUUCGAAUCCCUCUCUCUCCUUUUAUUGGAUGAAUAGAUUUUUUUCUUUAUUGGCUUUUUUUACUUCUUAUCAUCAUAAAAAAGGAGAAUGGCUCGGCUAUACUAUCCAGCCGAGCCAGAAAAAACGAGAUUGAAUUGAAAGAAAGAAACAAGACUUUUUAAUAUGACCCGAUUUUUACUUUCCUAUUUUAACUACUACUUUAGUUAAGAGGAGUCAUAGAAAGAACAUGUUCAAAAACACGAUCAAUUCCUUUUUCAAAUCCUGCUGCCGCUGCCCAAGCUCUUCCCGCAUUCCAUAAAUGACCCACGAAUAGGAAGAAUCCUAGAACAAAAUGAGAGGUAGAUAACCAACUUCUUGGAGAGACGUAAUUGACUGCAUUGAUCUCAGUAGCUACGCCCCCUACAGAAUUUAAGGAACCUAAAGGAGCAUGAGUCAUAUAUUCUGCAGAACGUCGUUCUUGCCAAGGUUGUAUGUCUUUUUUCAACCUACUUAAGUCCAAACCAUUAGGACCCCUUAAAGGUUCUAACCAGGGAGCACGCAGAUCCCAAAAACGCAUUGUUUCUCCUCCAAAAAUAACUUCUCCAGUCGGGAAACGCAUUAAGUAUUUACCUAAACCUGUAGGUCCUUGAGCAGACCCCACGUUAGCUCCAAGACGUUGGUCUCUAACUAGAAAAGUAAAUGCUUGAGCUUGAGAAGCUUCUGGCCCUGUAGGUCCGUAAAAUUCACUAGGGUAAGCAAUAUGAUAAA